AAAUUCUUUCAUUCUAUUGCGCUUGCGUGACUUGUUCCUUGCGGCCUAGUAGUUUUUAUAUGAGACAUCUGUAAGCAUUUGGAUUUGAGCAUACGGUUAUCACUUACGGAAACGUAAAAUAAAAACAAAGCCAUGGAGAUGGACUACUCAGAUGAUGGUGGUGCAACUCCAGUACAAGAUGAGCGGGACUCUGGAUCUGAUGAUGAAGGAAAUGCGUUGCAGCAUGGAUUGGUGAAAGGAAGCCCAGGACACCGAUAUAAGAAUGGAGCAAACAGUGGAUCUGAUGUGCCUAAUGAUUCAGAUGAUGAACACAGAGCUCACAACUCUAGUGAUGUGGAGAAUGAUAGAUUUAAUCAUAAUGCUAGUGAAUCUGAGACGGAAGAAACUCAUCCAGUUGCUUCUGAUUCAGAAGAUGAACCCAUCAAAAAAGGAAGUGAUUCUGAAGAUGAUAUCCCCCGAAAACAGGCAGCAAGUGACUCUGAAGAUGAUGUUCAAGCUAGGCAAUCAGCUAGUGACUCUGAUGAAGAUGUACCUAGAAAGCAGCAAGUUAAUAACUCAGAAGAUGAGUCUAUUAAACAUGCAGCCAGCGACUCAGAAGAUGAAGCACCAACCAAGCAUGCAGCCAGCGACUCAGAAGAUGAAGCGCCAGCCAAGCGUGCAGCCAGCGACUCAGAAGAUGAAGCGCCAGCCAAGCGUGCAGCCAGCGACUCAGAAGAUGAAGCACCGACCAAGCACGCAGCCAGCGACUCAGAAGAUGAAGCACCGACCAAGCACGCAGCCAGCGACUCAGAAGAUGAAGCACCGACGAAGCACGCAGCCAGCGACUCAGAAGAUGAAGCUCCGACCAAGCACGCAGCCAGCGACUCAGAAGAUGAAGCGCCGGCCAAUCACGCAGCCAGCGACUCAGAAGAUGAAGCGCCAGCCAAGCGAGUAGCUAGCGACUCAGAAGAUGAAGCGCCAGCCAAGGGAGUAGCUAGCGACUCAGAAGAUGAAGCGCCAGCCAAGCGAGUAGCUAGCGACUCAGAAGAUGAAGCGCCAGCCAAGCGAGUAGCCAGUGACUCAGAAGAUGAAGCGCCAGCCAGGCGAGUAGCUAGCGACUCAGAAGAUGAAGCGCCAGCCAAGCGAGUAGCCAGCGACUCAGAAGAUGAAGCGCCAGCCAGGCGAGUAGCCAGCGACUCAGAAGAUGAAGCGCCAGCCAGGCGAGUAGCCAGCGACUCAGAAGAUGAAGCGCCAGCCAAGCAAGUAGCCAGCGACUCAGAAGAUGAAGCACCAGCCAAGCAAAUAGCCAGCGACUCAGAAGAUGAAGCCCCAGCUAAGCGUGUAUCCAGCGACUCAGAAGAUGAAGCGCCAGCUAAGCCAGUAGCCAGCGACUCAGAAGAUGAAGCACCAGCAAAGCCAGUAGCCAGCGACUCAGAAGAUGAAGCGCCAGCCAAGCAAGCGGCCAGCGACUCAGAGGAUGAAGCGCCAGCAAAAAAUAAGACCGACUCUGAAGAGGAAACUCCUGCCAAUCGAUCAGUAGCUGACUCGGAUGAUGACACACCCACUAAACGUGUGGUUAGUGAUUCUGAAGAUGAGACUCCUAAGCGCAGAGCUCCAAAAAAACAUGCAGCUAGUGACUCUGAGGAUGAAGUUCCUCCAGAGAAGGAAGCUUCCAAAAAACCUGGAAUAAGUGACUCUGAAGAUAAGGCUCCUCCAAAGAAGAGAGCUCAAAAAAAACGUAGAGGCUCUGAAGAUGAUAAAGGUCCUUCCAAGAAAGGAGCUUCCAAAAAACGUGUGGUAAGUGACUCUGACUCCGAAGAAGAGACUCGACCAAAGAGGAAGCCUAGAAAAAAACGUGCAGCCAGUGACACUGAUAACAAAGCUCCUCCAAAGAGAAAAGCUUCAAAAAAACAUGGUGCAAGUGACUCUGAAGAUGAGGCUCCUCAACGAGCAAUGUCCAAAAAAACAGUAGCAAGUGAGUCUGAAGAUGAGGCUCCUCAACGAGCAAAGUCCAAAAAAACAGUAGCAAGUGAGUCUGAAGAUGAGGCUCCUCAACGAGCAAAGUCCAAAAAAACAGUAGCAAGUGAGUCUGAAGAUGAAGCUCCUCAACAAGCAAAGUCCAAAAAAACAGUAGCAAGUGAGUCUGAAGAUGAGGCUCCUCAACGAGCAAAGUCCAAAAAAACAGUAGCAAGUGAGUCUGAAGAUGAGGCUCCUCAACGAGCAAAGUCCAAAAAAACAGUAGCAAGUGAGUCUGAAGAUGAAGCUCCUCAACAAGCAAAGUCCAAAAAAACAGUAGCAAGUGACUCUGAAGAUGAAGCUCCAUCUAAACCUGUGGCCAGUGACUCCGAGGAUGAAACACCAGCAAAUGACGCAGCAAAUAACUCUGAGGAUGAAUUUCCCAGAAUGACUAGAAAACUUGUGUCUUCUGAUGAAAGUGAUGAUGAAGACAAGAGAAAAUCUAAUAUGAAGAAAAGAAAGAAACCUUCACGACACAGUUCAGAUAGUGAAGAUAGUGGGCAUGAAGACAGCAAAAAACAGAAAGCUUCAGAAAGUGAUGGAGAGAAAGUGGUAAAGAGGAAAGCAACUAUCUUGUCUGAUAGUGAAGAAGAGGAUGCAGCCGACAAACCAGUCACCAAAAAGAGUCGAAUCCGCUCAGGUGGGGAAGAGUCUGAUAGUGAAGCAGAAUCUAUAAAACUCCAGCAGAAGAGGAAAUCUAUGUCUUCUGACAGUGAAGAGGAAGAAGGGUCAAAGGAAAAGGAAGAAUCGAAGGAAAGUGGGGACAAAAUUUUUGCAAGUGACAGUGACUCUGGAAAUGAGGAAGAAACUUUAAUUGCAGAUAUUUUUGGGGAGUCGGGAGAUGAGGAAGAGGAGGAGUUUACGGGUUUUAAUCAAGAAGACUUGGAGGGUGAGAAGGCAGUAGCUAACAAGCAAGCAGCAGCUGUUGAGGAUUCUGGCUCUGAUGAUGAUGUGAGAUCUAGCAAAGUCAAUGAUUUUAGAUCAGAUUUUGAUCUGAUGAUGGAGAGAAAGAAAAGUAUGAGUGGAAAACGAAGGCGAAACAGAGAUGGUGGCACUUUUAUUAGUGACGCUGAUGAUGUGGUGAGCGCCAUGAUCUUGAAAAUGACUGAGGCGGCAGAGGAAGACCGUAAUCUCAACUCUACCAAGAAACCUGCAUUAAAGAAGUUAACUCUCCUCCCCACUGUGGUGAUGCACCUUAAAAAGCAGGACCUAAAAGAGACCUUUAUUGAUAGCGGGGUUAUGUCUGCAAUUAAAGAAUGGCUUACACCUCUCCCUGAUAGAAGCCUACCAGCCUUAAAAAUUAGAGAAGAGCUGCUUAAAAUACUUCAAGAGCUGCCAAGUGUGAGUCAGGAAACUCUGAAGCACAGUGGUAUUGGUAGAGCAGUUAUGUACCUCUACAAGCAUCCUAAGGAGUCAAGACCGAACAAGGACAUAGCUGGCAAGCUGAUCAAUGAGUGGUCACGACCUAUCUUCGGCUUAAGUUCCAACUAUAAGGGAAUGACAAGGGAGGAGAGAGAACAGAGAGAUAUUGAGCAGAUGCCUCAGCGUAGAAAGAUGAGCAGUUCCGGUGGACAGACACCAAGAAGGGACUUGGAAAAAGUGUUGACAGGAGAAGAAAAAGCUUUGCGACCAGGUGACCCAGGAUUCUGUGCUCGUGCUAGAGUUCCUCUGCCUUCCAACAAAGAUUAUGUAGUCCGUCCCAAGUGGAAUGUGGAAAUGGAAAACUCUCGGUAUCCAGGAAGCUCCAAAAAGGGGGUGAGCCGAAUAGACAAACAGAUGAGGAAAUUCACAGACUUGAAAAAGAGGAACAACUUUGGUCAUGCUGUGAAAAUCAGUGUUGAAGGAAACAAGAUGCCAUUGUGACACCUGCUGCUAAUUAUACUUGAAAGGCUUCUGAUUGUGCCGAGUAGUGAUGGAUUCUUAGGUUCUUAUAGAACUGUUUCUUGUUCUUACAGUUGUCACUGAAUCGGACUCUCUUGAGCCUUUUGCAAUAUUUUAACUUUUAUUAUUUUUAUUAUUAUUUUUUUUCCCCACCAAUCUUUUUUUUAUGUAAAUUUGUUCAGUAUCCUACAGGAGAAGCCCCCUCCUGUUUCCCUGCCCAUGUCUCUUAAAGAACUGUGACUGCUAUUUUUGGGCUGUAUUUAAUUGUUUGUACAGAUACAUUUUCUUCAUACCUCAGUGUCUGGCCUUCAGACAAUAAAACUCUUGUUUUUCUA